UUGUUCCCACCUGACAGUGACAAUUAAACGUCAAAUUAAUUGUGAAAAAUUUGCGUUUUGAUUAAAAAUAUUGUGGAAAAAUACGCGAUAAAAUGUCGUUUCUACAAAACGCCCUUAUUGGAAACCCUUUUUCCACCCCUGUUGGUAGUAAAAUUGAACAAGCAACCGAUGGAACUCUGGCCUCAGAAAACUGGGCUUUGAACAUGGAAAUAUGUGACAUCAUCAACGAAACGGAAGAAGGCCCCAAAGACGCCAUCAAAGCGAUUAGAAAGAGAUUGAAUCAAAAUGCUGGAAAAAAUUAUACAGUGGUUAUGUACACAUUGACCAUCCUAGAGACCUGUGUUAAAAAUUGCGGUAAAAGAUUUCAUGUUCUGGCGUGCAGUAAGGAUUUUGUACAGGAAUUAGUUAAAUUACUAAGUCCCAGGAACGAUCCGCCUACAGCGGUUCAGGAAAAAGUGUUGAGUUUGAUCCAGUGUUGGGCCUGUGCCUUUCAAGCCGACCAAGACCUGCUUGGUGUCAAUGUAGUGUACAAAGACUUAUUAGCGAAGGGAAUAGAAUUUCCCCCAACGGAUUUGGACAGUUUGGCUCCCAUACACACUCCCCAAAAAAGUGUACUUUCUACAAGUGUCACACCAGCAGGGGACAGAGUUGUUCCGGGUCCAUCUCCAUCGACCAGUCCACUCCAUUCGAUGGGCUCUCCAACAAGCGGGGGUGCUCUGACUCCCGAGCAAAGAGCCAAGCUUCAGUCUGAGCUGGACGUUGUUCAGAGCAACAUGAACGUUUUGGGCGAAAUGCUGAGCGAAAUUAAACCAGGACAGGAGCAACAGGACGAGCUAGAGCUUUUACAGGAACUACAUGCCGUAUGUCAGAGUAUGCAGCACAGACUCGUCGAUCUCAUCUCCCGAAUCACCAACGACACUUUGACAGAAGAAUUGUUAAGGAUAAACGACGAUAUGAAUAAUUUAUUUUUAAGGUACAGUAGAUGGGAAAAAAAUAGGGCUCCACAGUCUGCUUCCGAGAUGGUGGCCAAAGCUAUCCCGGCACCGAAUUCUGCAUUGGCCAGUAAAAGUCCCACGGGAAAGGCCCCAUUGAAAAGCGAAGACAGUCUUAUCGAUUUUGAAGAUGAUUUACCCGAUGCUGCCAGCAAAUUAGGAUUAGGGGAUGCACCGAAAACUGCAAAAACCAAUGGGAAAUCGAGUGACGAGUUUGACAUGUUCGCCCAGUCGCGCAAUGUGACGUAUGAAUCGUCCAAAACGAGUGGAAGUUCAUACAAGGACAAUAUAAAUCCAAAUCAAAUCUCUGGUGGUUUGAGUACAGUAACCCAAGCAAAACCUUUGACUGACGAAGAUAGAGAGUUAGAUGAAAUGGCCAACUGGUUGGGAGACACGACUGGACCCGAGGAAUCUGUCACUUCUAGCGAUUUCGAGCGUUUCUUAGCCGAAAGGGCAGCCGCAGCAGAAAAUUUACCGACAGUAUCAGCAACUACGGGAUCAAUCAAUCCCAGCACAUUGAAAAAAGAUCCACCAAAGAAGGAGGACGACCUUCUAGCUUUGUAAAUUAAUCCAGUAACGUUAAUUUUAGCCCCAUCUAUCUCGCCUGAUUGGUGUUUUUUGUAUGUAACCCACAAAAGAAACAUAUUCUUUAUAUAUAGUUCUUCUCGCGUAACUUUUUCUCGUUUUGACAUGUAGCAGUGUGUGUAUGGUAACCAGAAAAAUACCAAUUUUGAUUUGUGUUGACAUAUUGUGUGCCGCCAUAUUGGAGAAACUUGCGUGAUAGGAACUAUAAAAUUAUAAUUUUAAACUGAGUGAUAUCCUGCUUGUUAAUAUGUACCACUUUUUAUAAUUCGAAUUUUUUCGAAGUUAUUUUCUAAACAAUAAUUUUAGUUUUAUUUUUCGUUGUUAUACCGUGCGGUGUGCAAUAUUGUUUGACUUUUAAAACCAAAAACAAAACUUUUUAAAUUAUAUAGUUAUUGUGGCAUAUUUAAUUUAAAAAAAAUAUAUAUUUUUCCGAUUUUUUGAGUUUUUUAAAAAAAUACAGAACGAUUUUUUCUAAUAUUCACUCCAAAUUUACUAUUGUUUUUGGUUUUUUAAUACUAAUUUAAGGACUUUUUACCAAAUGAAGCUUAUUUAGCAUUUUUAUUUUAUAAAUUAAUUUUAAAAUACGCGCUGUUCGGCACUUUUAUCAAGUGAAAUACUCGGAAAGCAUUUUUUUGUUUGAUAAACACAUGGUAAUUAUGGAAAGGUACUUAAAAUUUAUAUAUUACCCAUUAUAAGCAUAUCGUUUUUUUUUUAUUUAAAAACAACAAAGAUAAGUGAAAUUGUAUUUUUAUCGAUUAUUAUUUUUAUGAAAAAUUGAAGGCAUUCCUCUAUUAUAUUGUGUUAAUAUAUUUAUUUGACUAAUUUUAAGCUAGCUGAAGAGUUGGAAAUGUUUUAUUGACUUGUAAAAAAACUAUAAAUUGUUGUAAAUAUUAUUAAGCGUAAUUAUUAAUGUAAUUUAACAGCGCUAGAAAAUGUAAUUUAUUACAUUUUCUGGUUGUUAACGAGUAUAAAUAUUUUAUUACUACACCCUCACAUUUAUAAGUAUAUUUAUCAAAACAAAAAUGUAGAAAAUACCAUAAUAUACCUAGUGUUGACGUAAUAUAAUAAUAAAUUAUUGAUUGUAA